CUUGGGAAGAUCCAAUCUUAAUCAUCAUCUUGUCGUUUCCCCGCCGUCUUCCCUUUCCUCAUCUCCACUUCUCCAUACCCUUCAGCAAAACCCUGCAAAAAACCUCCCUUGUAAUGGCCGGUAUAACCCCAACUGAACCCGUUUCUAGUUAAUUCCACUUCCACUCCACAAGCCCAUUUCCCACAUCCUAUUUCUGUGUUCAUGGAGCUUUCUUCGCUUUUCAAGCCCCUCCCCCGACCACACUCAAGCAACCAUGCCCCUGAACUCUCUUUCUCGUCCUCCUUCUCAACCUUCCCUCUCCAAACUCGUCUCAAUACCCCCGGAAUCGGAAACCCUAAUUGCCCAAGUUUUCGAAUUUUGGCCGUCGCUGUAGACCCCCAAGAACUCCCCAAGAACAGCCCCCAGAGACUCCUCAGAGAGCUCGCUCAGCGCAAAAAGGUCAUCUCUCCGAAGAAGAAAAUCCCCCCCAAGACAUUCAUUCUAAGACCCCCGCUUGACGACAAGAAGUUAGCCGAAAGGUUCCUGAACAGCCCUCAAUUAUCGCUCAAAGCCUUCCCAUUGUUGAGCUCUUGCUUACCCUCCUCGCGCCUUAACAAUGUCGACAGGACUUGGAUGGAAGAGUAUAUUUUGGAAGCCAAGCAAGCUCUUGGGUACCCCUUGGAGCCGUCGGAUAGGUUUGGGGAUGAUAACCCGGCAAAGCAAUUCGAUACAUUGUUGUACUUGGCUUUUCAGCAUCCGUAUUGUGAGAGGACGAAGACGAGGCACAUAAGGUCGGGGCAUUCGAGGUUGUGGUUUUUGGGGCAAUAUGUGCUUGAACUGGCACUUGCUGAGUUUUUCUUGCAGAGGUAUCCAAGGGAGUCGCCGGGUCCAAUGAGGGAGAGGGUUUAUGCGUUGAUUGGGAAGAGGUACCUUCCCAAGUGGAUUAAAGCCGCCAGCUUGCAGAAUUUGGUCUUCCCUUGUGAUGACAUGGAUAAGUUAAUCAGGAAGGAGCGCGAACCGCCUGUGAAAUCUGUUUUCUGGGCUUUGUUUGGCGCAAUAUAUUUGUGUUUUGGUAUGCCAGAAGUGUUUCGUGUUCUUUUUGAAGUAUUUGGAAUGGACCCAGAAGCUGAAGACUGCCAACCAAAAGAAAGGAGACAGCUUGAAGAUGUAGACCAUGUCUCUGUGGAAUUUGAAGGGAAAAAGCUUAACUGGCAAGAUGUUGCUGCAUAUAAGCCCCCAGAAGAUGCUUUAUUUGCACACCCAAGGCUAUACAGAGCAUGUGUUCCACCAGGAAUGCAUCGGUUCCGAGGGAACAUAUGGGAUUAUGAUAGCAAACCUCAAGUUAUGGAAGCAUUGGGAUAUCCCUUAGCAAGGACAGAUAGGAUACCUGAAAUUACCAAAGCCAGAAACAUAGAACUUGGACUUGGAUUGCAGCUUUGUUUCUUGCACCCGUCAAAACAUAAAUUUGAGCAUCCUCGCUUCUGCUAUGAGCGAUUGGAAUAUGUUGGCCAAAAGAUCCAGGAUCUUGUGAUGGCUGAGAGGUUGCUCAUGAAGCAUCUGGAUGCACCUGGGAGAUGGUUGCAGGAGAAGCAUCGUCGCCUUCUUAUGAACAAGUUCUGCGGGAAGUACUUGAGGGAGAAAAAUCUACACCGAUUUAUCGUUUACAGUGAGCAGGUGCAAGAUGCGUAUGAACACAAUCGAAGAAUGCGGAACCCGGCUACAACUUCUGUUCAACAGGCCAUUCAUGGUCUCUCGUAUGCUGUGUAUGGGAAACCAGAUGUAAGGCGUCUCAUGUUUGAGGUUUUUGACUUUGAGCAGAUCCAACCCAAAGUUGUUUGAAACAUCUGGAAGAUUAAUUAAUUAAUUUAUAUGCUUCUUUGCAA